AAAUCAAGGUGAGUGCUCCUGAAUUUUCUGAACAUUCAUUCACGGGCGCGUGCUCUCUCUCUCUCUCCUCAUUUUCUCUCUCUCUCUAACUGUGGAUAAGCCCAGUUCUGAGACCCAGACAGCAGCCACUUGACUCUUGAUACCGGGCAAGAAAACCCAACUCUCUUUUUUCCAGUUCUUUAUUACUCUCAAGCCAUUUUAAUAUUUCAUCUUUCCAUUAUUUCUUGCUCUGCAACUCUGCUGAGCUUCAGGCCUGGGCUCUUGGGAUUUGUGCUGGAGUGUUGGGUUAGAGUGAUAUUUUGACUUUGUGGAAAAUAUUUGGGUUAUUGUGCCAUUUCCUUUCCUUUUUCUCCUCAGAUUCUGGUAGUCAUGUUGAUUUUUCUUUUCUGUUAAAGCUUUAUUGGAUUCCGUUCGUGUCUGCAAGUGGGGUGGAUUUGGGGGAAAUUUAGGGUUUUGGUCGCUUCCUUUUGUGGUUUGUUUGGGGUUCUGGUCUUUUUAUUGGAUGCUCUUCAUGGGUUUUGGGUAUUGGAUGCUCUUCAUGGGUUUUGGGUAUUGGGUCAUGGGAUUAGUCUAUCAAAUUUAACCCCAAACUUUCAAAGGUAACUGUUUCAUGAGUAUCUCUUUUCAAUUUGAAUACUGGGUUUCUUUCAGAUGGUUACUAGUUCAUGACAGAUUUUGAUUUUUGGGAUUAUUCUACUACUUGAAGCUCUGCUUUGUUGCUUUUAGCUUUUGUAUUGAAUAUUUUUGCAAUUUGAAAGGUGGAUCCUUUUUGAAACACUCUCAACUUGCAUUUCAGUUUUCAAAAACCCGUUUUCAAGUGUUUGUCAGUGUUUGAAGUAAAGUCUAGAUCUUCGGAAGUGUUAUCUUCAAACAUUUCUUAUUUGAGAUUGGGGUUUUCUUCAAAUACCUCUAAACUUGCUUUAAUUGAGUGAUAUCUUCUUCCUUUGUCAUGGAUUGUCUUCGGGUUUUUCCUACCGAUGCUGAAUCUGAGAGAGGGGGCCUUAAACUGAGUCAUCAAAAUUCCAAGAGUUUCUCUGAGAAUGGUGAUCAGAAGAGAGAGACUAUGGUGGUUAAUCGUGAGAAUUCCAUUGUUCUUCAGGUUUACAUUCACCAUGCUAGAGAUAUCCAUAACAUAUGCAUCUAUCACAAGCAAGAUGUGUAUGCGAAGCUCUCGCUCGCUUCUGCCCCUGAAGUCUCUGUAUCAACCCAGAUCGUUAAUGGGGGUGGCAAGAAUCCAGUCUUCAAUGAAACCCUGCAACUCAAUGUUCAAAACUCUGAUUCUUCUCUCAAAUGUGAAGUAUGGAUGCUGAGUAGAGCUAAGAACUUCUUGGAAGAUCAGUUACUUGGAUUUGUAUUGGUUCCCCUCUCGAUGGUAGCAGGGAAAGGGAGAGUCACUCAAGAAUUUUCUCUUUCUUCUACUGAUCUCUUCCACUCUCCUGCUGGGUUUAUUCAGUUAUCGCUCUGUUUUAAUGGGGUUUUAUCAGAUGCGAGUGUCAUAAGUUCUGGUCAAGCAUCCAAUCCUCUAACUAGUGGUUCAGAUGCCAAUUUACUGGAUUUGGAAGUUGAUGCUUCAGUCCCUAGUGAAUACAGUAAGAUUGAAUUCCCCGAUCCCCAGGUUGUGAAUGAAAAUGAUCGAAUGGUUACCGAGUACUUUGAAAUUGCCUGCAAUCUAGAACCCCAAAAGCCUGAAAGCUUGGUGACAACAACUGUUGAGAGUCCCCUGAUAUCUUCUAGUAGGGAUUCAAGUGUUGAAGAAAGCUUCUCGAGCAGUGUAUAUUCUUCAUCAAGGAAAGAUGCAGCGAAAGAAUCUCCCCCAAUUUCCAGUAACUCUCAAUCAUCCAAUGAUAUUUCUGGGGUUUUGGGAUCUCAGAGUUGUGAGCAUUUAUCUUCUCAGACAAAUGAAGAGAAAAGCAAGGAUGCUACUAAUUUGGAGACCAAUUUCUCAGGGGAGGUACCUAAGAAACCCAUUGACCUACCUGUGUUUGCCAUAAAUCUUGAGCCAGAGCAGCCAGUUGUGCAACAGGACAUAGUUGAAAUGUAUAUGAGGAGUGUGCAACAAUCUACAGAGUCACUUGAAAAGAUGAAGCUCCCUAUGGAUAUUAAAAAUGGGGGAAGCAGCUCUGAUGGCACUGAUUUGAGCUCCAUUAAGAAGUUGCAGGCUUCUAAGACCACUGGUUCUAGGGUGUUUUAUGGAAGCAGAGCAUUCUUCUGAGCUUCUCAAGGAUCUUUGGAAGUAAAACAGGUGAUUCUAAAUGAAGACUGGUUGUGAUUUUAUAGUUUAACUUUCUAUAGCACAGGGUUUCCUUAGACGCGUUGUUGAACUUAUGGACAUAUGGAUGCAUGAGUUCCAGGCCCAUGUAUCCCAAACUGAAUUACACUGUCCUGACCAUCUUUGGUUGUUUUUUAUUUUCCUGCUUGUACUGCCUUUGAAUAUCUUUCUCCAAAGUAUCCGGGGUGUUUUUUUUUUUUAUUGUUAUUUGUAUACUUGAAUUAGUUAGUGUUGCUUCUGAAUCGUUUUGUGCCUAAUGAAAAUCUGUGUUUUUUGAUGAAGUCGGUUCCCGGUCUUGUUACCAAAAUUUGGCUGUUGUAUCAAGGAAGAACUUUGUUUUA